UCUGUGGGGCGAAGGUUUCUCCCUCUGUGCUCCACUGUGCUCCCAAACCGCGAGGAGAACAGAACGAGAUGCGAAGCCGGAUCAGAAGACCUUUUGGGUGAACUUCUUCAACUCUUUUUGCCUCAUCCUCCUCAUCCUCACUUGAUGACAGUGUGCGCGCUUGGGACGCUGAAGUUAAAAAUUAAAGAGGGUGGAAAAAAGAAAAAAAAGUGGACAUGAACACCACAGGGUUCAACCACACGGAUGGGACUUUGUUCAACAGGACGGAGGGGAUGUUGUGCUGCAACUUGUCGUCUGUGGUGACGGAUGAAGGCUUGGUUGCUGCAUCUCCGGAUGAGAGGAGCCUAUUCAUCAUGAGGGUGGUCCAGAUCGCAGUCAUGUGUGUGCUGUCCCUCACCGUGGUGUUCGGCAUCUUCUUCUUGGGAUGCAAUCUCCUCAUCAAAUCCGAGGGUAUGAUCAACUUCUUGGUGACGGACAGGAGACCAUCCAAAGAGGCAGAGGCGGUGAUUGUUGGCUCCUACUGAGCUUCUAGACUAUACAGGAUCACUGGAUUGUCAAUGACAUGGACCCAAGAUGGAGACAACAGGUUCACUCAUAGGACUUUUUUUUCUUCUUUAAAAUGCCAACAGACUCCAUUAAAGAGGCCUGUUUGUUUCUACGGUAUUGAUUCACGGCUCUAAUGUCACUUGUUCAUGUUGUCAUCAUUUGGUACUUGGUGGCAAAGCUGUUAUGGAGUAGAAAUAUGUACUGUAUGUGUUUUUGCAUACAAUGUACACAAAUCAAUGUUGGGCAUUAGAAGGCCAAUCUGCAGUAAAUUCACUUUGUCAUUAAAAAUUCCCUUCCUAUAUGAUCUAAUUUUGUAUAUUCAAUCUGCAUGCCUGAGCUUUCUGUCAUUCGGCUUGAGAAAUUGCCCCAUUUUAAAACCAUUUUGUUUUAUUAUUGCUUUAUUCUGUAUUCAAAAGGGUGAUUUUUUUAUUUUAAUUUUUUUCUCUUUUAAAAGUCUUAUAAAUGAAAUGGCAUUUCUUUUAUUUUCAUGUCAUGAUAGGUUCAACAGAAACAAACAGAAAUAUCAUACACAUUCCCAAUAACAAGGGUCUAAUGAAAAGCAUGUAUCUCUAAAAUGUGUGAGGUUAUUUUUUUUGUAUUCAUUUAUUUAUAUUUCACUUAUUGUGGCUCAUUAUUUCUUUUUUUUUACAGAACAAAACUGUCAUUUUCUUUGUAUGCUGGAUUUAAAAAAAAAUAAAAUAACUCGCAAGAAUUUGCAGAUACAUGUUUUUUUUACUGGACGCAAGCACUAUGUUUGGUGA